UGGACGAAGCCUUGGUGCUAGUAAUGGCUGCAGCGAUGGGAGAAGUUGGGUCAUCCGUUGUGAUGGUGACACUUGGCAGUUUGAUUUUGUGGUGUGUAUGGAAAUUGUUAGAUUUCUUUUGGUUGCAACCCAAGAAGCUGGAGAGGCUUCUAAGGGAGCAAGGCUACGAUCUCACUCCAUACAAGUUUCCAUUUGGGAACAUGUUUGACUAUGCGAAGAUGCAAAUGGAAUCUGAGUCAAAGCCUAUCAAAAUAACUCAUGCAAUUGCUGAACGUGUGGCUCCUUGGAACCUUCAGAUCAUCAGGACUUAUGGUAAGAAGUCUGCGUUUUGGAUUGGUACUUGUCCACACGUGCACGUUAUGGAUCCUGGUCUUGCGUAUGCCAUUCUCAAUGAAAAAUCUGGUAUCAUUAAGAAGCCUGAAUUGGAUCCCAUCACCAAGAUGAUGGCUUAUGGGAUUUUUAAUUACGAGGGAGAUAAAUGGUCCUUGCAUAGAAGGAUUAUGAACCCCGCCUUCCAUUUAGAAAAGUUGAAGUUUAUGUCAGCAGCAAUUAAUACAAGCACAAGGGAUAUGAUCAAUGGUUUGCUAAAGGAGGUUCCAUCAGAGGAGUAUAGUGAAGUAGAUGUUUGGCCUUAUAUGGAUACUUUAAGUGCAGAUUUUAUCUCUCGGACACUGUUUGGCAGCAGCUAUGAAGAAGGGAAACGGAUUUUUCAUAUUCAACAUGAGCAAGCCGAGCUUGGAGCGGUUCUUAUUCGAUCCAUAUACGUCCCAGGCUAUAGAUAUGUGCCCACAAAAGACAAUAGAAGAAUGAAGGAAACUAAUGCGGAAGUGACCAGUCUAUUGACAAAGAUCAUCAAUGGCAAAGUAAAAGUUUUGAAAAAAGGAGAGAGCCACAAGGAUUUACUAUCCCUGUUACUAGAAUCCUUCUACCAAGAUCAAGGAAAGAUAACUAUUGAAGAUAUCAUUGGACACUGUAAGGUAUUCUACUUUGCUGGGCAAGAGACUGUAGCAGUUUUGUUGACAUGGGCGAUGGUUGUAUUAAGUUUGCACCCAGAAUGGCAAGUCCGUGCAAGGGAAGAAGUCUUUCAAGUCUUUGGGAACGAAAAGCCACAUUGGGAUGGACUAAACCAACUCAAAAUCAUUCCAAUGAUUUUGUUUGAGCUGCUUAGAUUAUAUCCACCAGCACCAACUCUCUUUCGGUUUACCAACAAGGACUUCAAACAUGGAGAUACAACUCUCCCAGCUGGAGUACAAAUUGUAAUACCUACAGUCGUUUAUCAUCAUUCUAGUGAAUUCUGGGGUAAAGAUGUAGAUGAGUUCAAACCAGAGAGAUUCUCAGAAGGAGUUGCUAAAGCUACAAACAAUCAAUUUUUAUUCUUCCCAUUUGGUGGGGGCCAUCGGAUAUGCAUUGGGCAACAAUUUGCCAUGGUUGAAACAAAGUUGGGUUUGGCAACUAUUCUACAACGUUUCGCAUUUGAGCUCUCUCCAUCCUAUACUCAUACUCCUGCCAACAUUGUUACACUUCGUCCACAACAAGGCGUUCAUCUCAAAUUACGUAGACUGUAGCAUCAGCUGCACAGUCACAACCACUAGUACUUAUGAUGAUAAACCUAUCAUCAAUAAUGAUCAUAAGUACUAUCAUUUCAAUGAAUCUUUAUUGUAUUAGAUAUUAUAUAUAUAUAUAUAUAUAUAUAUGUUUGUGUGGUAAAUAAAUGAUGGGAGAACGCAUGUGAGCAUCUUCAGCGCAUGAAGCAGGAAAAAGUGCAGUCUUUUUGUGUCCAUCUGUGUCUUAAUGUGGAGCCACCCAAGUGGGCAGCAGGGUUCUUUCUUCUAUGAAUGAAUCUAUUUGUAAUCUUUUUUUUU